AUGUCGCUGAGGCCGGGCACUAGGGCGGAGGUUCGCCGCAGCCGCUACAAGGUCGCGGUGGACGCCGACGAGGGGCGGCGUCGGAGGGAGGACAACAUGGUCGAGAUCCGUAAAAACAAGCGCGAGGAAAGUUUGCUGAAGAAGCGAAGGGAAGGGCUCCAACAGCAGCAGCAGUUCUCGGCUUCUCUUCAAUCGUCUGCGGUCGAGAAAAAGUUGGAGAGCCUUCCUUCAAUGGUUGCUGGCGUAUGGUCGAAUGAUGCCAAUUUGCAGCUAGAAGCAACUACCCAAUUCCGCAAGUUACUUUCAAUUGAAAGGAGCCCUCCAAUAGAAGAAGUAAUACAAUCUGGUGUUGUUCCUAGAUUCGUUGAAUUCCUUACAAGGGAGGAUUUCCCCCAGCUCCAGUUUGAAGCUGCAUGGGCGCUCACCAACAUUGCAUCUGGUACUUCAGAAAACACCAGGGUGGUUAUUGAUCAUGGAGCAGUACCGAUUUUUGUAAAGCUGCUGGGUUCACCCAGUGAUGAUGUUCGUGAGCAGGCUGUGUGGGCAUUAGGUAAUGUUGCUGGUGAUUCUCCUAAAUGCCGUGACCUUGUCCUUGGUUAUGGUGCCUUGGUUCCUUUGCUUUCUCAGCUGAAUGAGAAUGCAAAGCUUUCGAUGCUGAGAAAUGCUACUUGGACGUUGUCGAACUUCUGCAGAGGCAAACCCCAGCCUCCCUUUGAGCAGGUGAGACCAGCACUUCCUGCUCUUCAGAAACUUGUCUAUUCAAAUGAUGAAGAGGUUCUUACAGAUGCAUGCUGGGCUCUUUCAUACCUCUCUGAUGGCGCGAAUGACAAAAUUCAAGCUGUGAUCGAGGCUGGUGUCUGUCAAAGACUUGUUGAGCUCCUCCUUCAUCCUUCUCCUUCGGUGCUUAUCCCUGCACUUCGUACAGUUGGGAAUAUUGUGACUGGUGAUGAUGCUCAAACUCAGUUUAUCAUCAAUAGUGGUGCUCUUCCUUGCUUGUUAAGUCUGUUGACUCACCAUCAUAAGAAGAGCAUCAAGAAAGAAGCCUGUUGGACAAUUUCAAACAUCACUGCUGGAAACAGAGAACAAAUACAGGCUGUAAUUGAUGCUGGCUUGAUAGGUCCCUUGGUGAAUCUGCUUCAGAAUGCUGAAUUCGAUAUAAAGAAAGAGGCUGCAUGGGCUAUUUCAAAUGCCACAUCUGGAGGAGCAAAUGAGCAGAUCAUGUACCUUGUGAACCAGAAUUGUAUAAAGCCCCUCUGUGAUCUUCUGGUUUGCCCCGAUCCUAGAAUAGUGACUGUAUGUUUGGAGGGGCUCGAAAACAUACUGAAAGUUGGGGAGGCGGAGAAGGGUAAUACUGGUGAUGUCAAUUACUUUGCCCAGUUAAUCGAUGAAGCUGAGGGAUUAGAGAAAAUAGAGAACUUGCAGAGUCAUGACAACAAUGAGAUUUAUGAGAAGGCUGUGAAGAUGCUGGAGACCUAUUGGCUCGAGGAAGAUGAGACUAUACCUGAAAGUGAUGGGAACCAAGCUGGAUUCAACUUUGGGGAAAAUGGUGUUCAACUCCCACCUGGUGGAUUCAGUUUUAACUGA